AUGAGGUUGAGUUAUUUGGCACAAGAGCUAAUAUCAAAGGAUCGCUUAGCCCCUCAAUCAUGGUGUGCAAUGGGAAAUUGUUCUAGUAUGCAAAAAGACCAUGAAACUGCUCUUAAGAACUUUCAACGUGCAGUACAACUGAAUACAAGAUUUGCAUAUGUUCACACCCUUUGUGGUCAUGAGAGUCUGAAAAGUAUUCCAUAAGGAUGCCCAACAAAUGGAACUUUUCAUUUGAUUACUUCUAUUUUGCUUUUGUGGUGUUAGCAACUCUAUAAUUCCAUGUAUAAUUUAGGUGGGAAAUCAUUCGUUCUUAUAUGAAGAUUUAUUUGGUUAUUGUUGUUGUAUUAUAAACAUUUAUAGCAUUUGCCUUGUCUUUUGUCUAAUUGGAUAUUAUUAUAUUUCAUUUUAAAAAUGACAUUUAAUAUUUCAAUAUUUUCUUAAUUAUUGACCAUUUUUUUGUCUAAAAGGC